AUGCAUUUUUCCUCGAUCAAACAGGACACACUCGUGGCGCAUCUCGUCAUCAUUGCUGCAGUCUUCCUUCAACAAAUAAACGCAAUCAAUGUCCAAAGUGGCGAUACUCUAGCAAGAAUUGCCGCCGAGCAAGGAGUCUCCGUCGCUGCCCUGGAGGCCGCGAAUCCUGGGAUUUCCGCCAAUGACUUGCAACCAGGUGAGGUCCUUAGUGUUCCUGCUCCAAAUGCAGUCGCCAAAAGCCCCACUUUGGGGGCGACCACUUUGCUCAAGUCGACGACCGCAACAGCCCCAUCAAGCACACCUACAUCAACGAGAUCAUCAUCCAGUACCCCUCCGCCACCUCCGCCACCUCCGCCAACGACAACUACCACACCAGCUUCGCCCACAACCUCCAUCGCGGACAUCACCAACAUCGGCCUCCCGAGCUGCGCUCCCAGCCCCAUAGGCAAAUACUCCGACGCCAGCGACGUCAACUCGAAAACUUAUGCAUUCUGCGACAACAACGGUCACCUCACUCUGGCAUCGCUUUUAGCACCGCCACACAACGGCCUUCUGAGCGGAGACAGCCAAGAGAACAAUUCCGACGACGGCAACGGCGGACCGGCGAGUAACGAAAAGGGGUUCAAUAUGACGAUCAGUGCGAUACCGCAAUGCGCGUAUCCGGAUAGUACCGAAACGUUUACGGUGGGGCAGCCUUUGGGGAACAGUAGCCAGUCCGAUUGGUGGUGCGAGGCAGUGCUCACGAACUGUUACAAUGAGUGUGAGUAA